AUGAACAUCUGCAAACCUCCUAACAAGACAGCUCCAGAGAAUUUGGGUGAGGCUGUUGCUGAGCUCCAGGUGCAGCGCGCUCGGAGGAACGGCUGGAGCUGGCCUCCACAUCCCUUCCAGAUCAUUGCCUGGUUGUUGUACCUCUUCUUCGCCCUGAUUGGCUUUGGGAUUUUGGUUCCUCUUCUGCCUCUCCACUGGCUGCCUGCUGGCUACAUUUGUCCGGGAGUGUGUUUUAUCUACCAUUUAGUUGUUCAUCUUACUGCAGUCUCCAUUGAUCCUGCGGAUGCCAAUGUGCGCAAAAAAAACUACUUGGGGCCUCUGGCCACCUUCAAUCGUAGUCAGCAUGCACAUGUCAUUGAAAAUCGUCAUUGCCAUGUCUGUGAUGUAGAUGUGAGUGCCAAGUCAAAGCACUGUGGAACUUGCAACAAGUGUGUGUGUGGCUUUGAUCACCACUGCAAAUGGCUCAACAACUGUGUGGGGAAGAGGAAUUACUGGCUCUUUUUGAAUAGCGUGCUGUCAGCCAUCCUGGGCCUUGGCCUUCUGCUGCUCGUAGCUUUCUAUGUCUUCGUGGAGUUCUUCAUUAAUCCCAUGAUGCUUCGUUCGGAUCAGCAGUUUGAAGUUCUAAAGAACCACACAGACGUCUGGUUUGUGUUUCUUCCUGCAGCUCCUGUUGAGACUCAGGCACCUGCCAUUUUGGUCUCAGCUGGGAUUUUCAUUCUUCUGAGCCUAAUGACUGUGUUCCUGCUGGGCCACCUCUUGACCUUUCACAUCUAUCUUAUGUGGAACAAAUUGACUACAUAUGAGUACAUUCUACAGCAGCGUCCCCAACUAGAGGUGAAAGAGGUAGACAAACCUCUGGAGUCUUGUCCCUCCCAGCUGAAACCCAGUCAGGAAGCAGACUCUUUUUCAGGCAACCCUGGCUAUACAGACCCUACUUUUCAAGUGGAGGAAUCUCCAGCCAUAACUUCAGGAAAAGACUUUUCAAAGCUCUACAUCCCCAACAAUGAAGCAGAUCCUAAGCAGAGCUUGUCUCCUGACCUUCCAACUUUCCCGUCUGCAGGCCCUUCUCAGCAACAGAAAAAAAGAAGGAAGAAGAAGAUGCAUAAAGCUCCUUCCUCAGCAAAGGACAGCAGAUCUAAAACACACAUUAGACCUUGGCCCUCUUUCCCAGAUCCCCGGUCAGAGAGCCCAUCAACGGCUCGUGCCAAGUCCGCUUCCCACAGCCGUCACCUCCUAGUGCCAGCUUUCCCCGUGAGAGCCGCUUUUCUUACUGGCAGUAUUGGCCCCAUCCGAGCAGCAGGAUCCCCUGGUGACUAUCACUUGGAGUCUGCUGAGUCCAUGGAUGAGAUUCCUGUGGCUCAGACCCGCACUGGGAGCAUAGCCCUUCAUAGACCUUCCAAGAGGAGUUUGAGUAGUUCUCAACACUCUCCCUUGUCCGACUGCACUCCCAGAGGUGACAAGGAGAAGAAUCUCUAUUCUGGGCACAAGGUGAAAACGAAAAGCUGGCAGCAAGAGGGCAGCCAGGAACAAGGCCUGGAACUUUUCUCUAAGAUCCCUGCUGUGUUUGUAAGUAAGAGCAGUGGAGAGCCUCAUGUGCCCCGGCCCCAGCCUAGUGAGAGUACGUCUGAGCCACACCACAGAAAAUGCACCACCAACUUGUACAUGGGCAGACAAAAUCCAUACUUCAAGGACAUAAGGACAAACACCACAGCAGCCUAGGAAUCAGCCUUCCAAAGCCAUAACGUUGUGGAACAAGGAAAGAGGUUCUCAUU